GUAGUCUCGCGAUAUUACGGGUCCUCAAACAGGACAAAGUCCUCAUUCUGUAGCGGAGCGCGGCCUUUAACCCAUGAAGACCCGUGAGCGGUAGCUGUGGUUCCGCUUCCACCCGGCCGAGGCGGUGAUGGCCGUGCGGCCUGGCCGAGAGGGCGCCGAGAGCCGGGCUGCCCUGGCGAUGGCGCAGGCUCGCUUCGCCAGGGGCGAGUUUGCCGCGGCCCAGGAGCUGUACUCCGCGUUCAUUGGCCAGUGCGCGAGUCACGGGAGCAAAUGUAGCCCCGAGGAUUUGGCCACCGCAUAUAACAACAGGGGGCAAACCAAGUACUUCAGCAUUGAUUUUUAUGGCAUGGACGACUACACAUCUGCCAUAGAAAUCCUGCCCAGCUUUGAAGUUCCCUAUUAUAACCGAGGCUUGAUACGCUACAGGCUGGGGUAUUUUGAUGAAGCUGUGGAAGAUUUCAAGAAGGCAUUAGACCUAACUGGAUUUCAAGAUGCUGUUUUGAGCUUAAAACAGACCAUUUUAGACAAAGAAGAAAAGCAAAGACGGAAUGCUGAGAAAAGUCACUGAGCCAUUUAGCUUGUUGAGAUCCUAACUGAGACCCUCAUAUCUGCAUUUGAUUGACUCUGAGAUGGGCACGGAACUCAUUUGAUUACAUGUAAGAAACUGAAUUUUAGAAGUGAAAGUAAAAAUAAUGUGCUUAUUAAUUUCAAGAAAGAUCAUGUUUGAUCUUUUAAUAGAGUAAAUAAGUAAUACCUGUGGAUGAAUGUAUACCAUUACAGCAAAAUAUUUAAAUCAAUAUGUAUUAUUUUUAGUAAAGGUUUUAUUUUUACCACA